UUGAAAUGGCUUCUUGGAAUCCAGCCUACGAAGUCUCGAUAUCUGAUUCUGAAGAUGAGGAGGACAACUUAAAGCCUACUUAUACUGGUCGAGAAGCCUUAGUUUUUGUGGUUGAUGCUAAUUUAUAUACGAAAGAGUCAUCUCGCUUAACAGACGCCUUAAACAUUAUACGGAGUGCUUUUCUUUCUGGAUUAUUGUUUAAUGAUAAAGAUGUUAUGGGUUUGAUGUUUGCCAAUACCAACGAAAGUCCUCAGCCGUACGAAUCGAAUUGUUUAGAGGAUAUUGAGAUGCCAGACAAUUGUGCUGUGUUUUUACCGGUACGUCAACUUACUAAAGGCGUAGUCGAUCAUUAUUUACGUUUCUUAGAAACUAUGCCGGAAAGUUUUGUGCAAACUUAUGGUGUUGCUAAGGAUGGUAGUGAGGCGAAUUUUUCUUAUCUGCUGCGUUUAUGUUUAGAUUUAGUGGGUAAAUGUUAUUAUGCCGUCGAUAAUUCCACAAUUGUUUAUCUUACCGACAAGGAGCAACCACAUCCUACAAAUUCGGAUAGCUACGCUCAAGCUUUCCAAAAAGCUGCCGAUUUAAAAGAUAAAGAGGUGGAUUUUAAAUUAAUACCUAUGUUGGAUGAAUUUGAUUACAAUAGCUUUUAUAAAGAGUUUCUUUCGUUGGUAAAAGAUGAAGAUAUGGAAAGUUUUGUGCCCGUUGUUCCAGAAAAAUUGCGCGAGAUGUUGGCUGAUCGUAAAUUAAAACAAAGUUUCGUCAGACGUUCUUUGGGACAUUUCAAAUUAUCUCUGGGUCCUGAUUUGGCUCUUUCGGCGCAAUAUUUUAAUUAUUUCCAAAAAGAUAAGAAACCGCGUAAAAUAUUAGUGCAGCGCAGCGAUAACGCUGUAGUGAAACGUAAACGCCUUAACACUGUACGUAAAAUCGAUCCGGAAACUAAUGAGUUGGGAGAUCCGCGGGCAGUUAACAUAACCAAUGCUUGGUACGAGAUACGAUUAGGUGAUCAUUCCUUACGUUUAACAUACGAACAAGUUAAUCGAGUUCGAAACUUGCACGUUCCUGGCAUGAUGCUUUUGGGCUUUCAAUCAAAAAGUGAACUCACAAAAAUUGUUUACUGCAAACCAUGCAACUUUAUGUACCCAGAUGACCGACACAUUUUGGGAUCAAAAAGACUCUUUCGGGCAUUAUGGGAACGUUGUCGCGCCCGAGAUAAAGUCGCCAUAUGUUUAUUUAUGAGCAGACGUAAAUCUAUGCCUCGCUAUGUUGCUUUAGUUCCCGUUUCCCGCGAGGACGCGACAGAAGGUUCUUAUUAUUCCUUGCUGGCGAAUGAUGGUUUCAAAAUUGUUUAUUUACCUUACACUUCCUAUGUGAGGCAUGUGGAUUUUAAGGACUGGAAUUCAUUGGAGAAUCAUGCUAGCGACGAAGGAGUGGCAAUCUGUGAGAAACUAAUUCGUAAAUUGCGCUUGAAAUACAAUCCAAGCUUGCUGAGUGACCCUGAAAUAGAUCAUCUGCAAAGUAAAUUGCUGGCUUUGGCAUUCGAUCAAAAAUUUGAAACAUUAGGUUCGCAGUAUUUUCCCGAUCCCCAAUCGCAAGAUGCUGUUAUUGCUGGAUUAUUAUCGGAAUUCGAAGAAAUAUUCGGUGAGGAUGCAGAACCGGCCAAGAAAAGAGCAGCCAGUAAUUCGUCAUUAGCCAGCACCAAAAGCAAAGCACCUAAAUUAGCAGCAGAAGAUCUGAAUAAAAAAGAUUAUGUCAUACAAAUGAUAAAAAAUAGAUCAUUAGAUUCCUGCACUAAGCAACAAUUAAUGCAAAUACUUGAAGAACAUUUUAACAAAACCAUGCCUAAAAGUUCAAAAAAACAAGAUCUUCUAGAACGUAUUUAUGAUUUAAAUGACUGAAAUGUGGAUAUCAGAUGCCUAUAUGUAUGUUUCACAAAACACACAUGCAGCCAACUUAAGUUAUAUAUGUAUUUGUUACUUCUUCGAAAGUAUUCGAAGCAGAAAAUAAUAGUAAAGAAAAUGUACUAAAAACUAUACUAACAUUACCACCACCACCAACAACAACAACAGCAGCAACAGCAAAAAAUUUGAUAACUGGAAUGGGGAGGAGGAACUUAUAAACUUUUUUAAAGUAUGAAAUUAAGAAAGCAGGGAAAAAGACAAAGUAAGAAGAAUUUAAAAAAAAAAAAAAAAAUGUAGAAUAUAUUACUCACUUAAGUUUCUUGCAAAAAGUAAGUUUUUAUUUUCAGCCCAGAAAUAAGUUAAUUCAGCCAUGUUCGUCUGUUCAUCCUCCGUCUGCCGAGGGCUGUUCUGCCUGCAAAAGUCUCAAGAGAAAGAGAGGGAGAUUGUGAGCUGAUAUCUGCUGCACAUCCUCUUAGUUUAUAAGCCAUAAGUCUAGUUUAACAAAUGAAUGAAGGCAACUUGGACUAUGUGCACACAAACAAUAGUUGACAACGAAAAGCAUUAUAGUCGCCCGUGGUCCGCCAUUAAAAUAAAACACGCUAUGGCAUUCUACACUUAUCCAUGUAACGACUUUUCAAAAUGAGCACUUCCAUGGGAAGUGAUCGAAAAAUUAGGUGGAUCCAAACCAUUUUCAAUAGUGGUCGCCCCUGAAUCGAAACAUGUCGAUGGAGUAAAUUUCAUGAAAAUAUCGCAAAAAUUUCGGCCAAUAGAUUGAACAAAAAAAACAAGAUAGAUGGACAGACAAGCUUAGUUUGAUCGGUAAAAUCAAAGAUGGAUCGUAUGUGGGCGUAUGUGAUGUAGGGUAUAAAAUUUGACGUAUUUAACAUACAUCGUUCCCAAAUUUUUCAAACAGUCCAAAAUUUUUUGCUGGUGUUCUUAUGGCUAACAAUAUAUUUUGCUAAGGUUUUAUUAAGGCGUGUGAUAAUGAAUAUAAUAGGUAUUCAAGAUUCGUCUUAAGACGAAUAUAAUUUUCUGUUGUUUUUUCUUUUAUUAAAGGUUUUUUUUUAUUUUUAUAUUUUUAUACUUUUCCAUCUUUUUGAAUAGGUAUUUAAGAGGAGAACAUAAGCGCUCUUAGAAGUAAUAAAAUGCACUCCAAAGUCAUAUUAUAU